CAAAUACUUACCUCAGAUAUCUCAGCAUGUCUUCGUGGAUAGAGGUAAAGUCGACUGCUCAGCAUAUGAAUGAUGUAGGGAAAUACGAUGAUGCUAUCAAGAUACUCCAGGACUUUCUUCUCGCUGCCAGAGGCGACGAUCAACUCUGUGCUACGGCAGAGCUGGGAACGGUACUCACUGACCAGGGAUGUCUCAAGGCUGCGCUUAACACUCUUGAGCAUACACUAGAGAGCGACGCAACCCUCUACCCCUCGGACCAUCCCUUUUGUCUUCAGCUGAGAAUGCAAGCUUGUCGGCUGCGUCCCAUUGUUAAAGCUUCAUUCAAUGGAGUUCUCCAGGAGGCAUCUGACAUUUACCAAACCUUUUCUGCCUUAGAUGGCAUCGGAGAUCUUGAUCCUUGCAGGACACUGACUCGUAGCAUCACACAGAUCAGCAUCAACAUCACGUAUACUGCGCUUCUCUUCAUGAUAAACGACCUCCACGACCGGAUUUCAAUUCAUCAAUUGAAAGCUUCCAUCGCUUGGCAAAUCCCUGCUUUCUGGGGAUUGAUGCAAGAGGGACGGGUAAGAGAAGCUCUUGCCGUGGCCCAGAACUACGUCCGUCUUUUAAAUACAUCAACAGCUCAGCAAAAUGGACUGGAAGAUAUGAGGUUUUCCUCUGCGAUCGAGAUGGUUGAAUCAAUCGUAGAGUCGCCAAAUGCGGUGCCUGUUUGGAAAGCUACAGCCGUCGGUGAACUACUUCACCUUAGAAAUAAGGUUAAUGAGCCUGGAUGGGAGCGUGUAAAUUUCUUAGAAGCGGAAGCGAUUCGUUUGUUCCAAUCCGAAGGCCAUACACAUGCGGUCGUGGACAUCAGACUUCGACAGGCCUGCAAUCGAGUUGGACAAAGCAUCCUAAAUCUCACAACGGAACUUCUGCAAGAAAUACAAGGCUGUUUCCAAGUCUACGAGAAAAACAAUGCGCCAGGCCCUUACAGCAGGGCUGUCACUCUCAUGCUCAGCAGCAUACCCCCGGGACAAGGCUUCGACCUAAGAGUUUCGCUUCUGGACAUCUACUCUCAGCUCUCUGAUAUCACUGGUGCAGAGUUGGAGAAUGUCGUUUUGAAAGUUCGGCAUCUGAGCAACUGGUUAAGCCAUUCUACGAGGUCAUCUCAGGUCAUCGAGUCUGCCCGCAGUAUUGACGAACUCAUCGACGUGAGAGACUGCAGAUGGGUGAAAGGCAUGAUUGCUAACGUUACCUCCAAUGCAUAUAACCUCCUUGGUGAUGGUGAAAAUGCAUUGGAGUGGGCGAAAAGUGCAGUCGACAGGUGGGGAGAAGUAUUUAGACUCGAGAGAGCCGGCGCGACGCUGAUGGUUCUUUUGGCCAUGUUGAACAAGUGCGGUGGAUUUCGCCCACCUGGAGUGAGAGAAGCGAUCGAUUUUGCAGAAAGAGAAAUCUCUCACCAUAUCGGUGAGGGCUUGUUUCUUGCCGCGUUCGAGAAAAUGGCUGUCCUUGCUGGGUCGAUAUUUCUACCCAAGGGCGACGAGAGAGGGGGCACUUGUCUGGAUAGUAUGGAAGAAUGUCUUCAAAAUCUUCCAGGAAAAGCUACUCCCGACGAAGUCAAUUAUUGCAGAGCUCAGCUACACCAAUUACGUGGUCAGAUAUUAAUGGGAACUGAGCUAGACCAUGAAGUGACUGACAGCCGCAACGAACACUUCGAGCAGGCGGUCGCAUUCUAUAUGAAGGCCCGGAAUCCUGUAAGUGCCGCCUGUGCCCGGCAAAUACAAGCAAACGCACUUUAUACAACCUUCCAAGCUCGUGUGCCGCCGUCCUGGAGCGUGCUUCGACGUUGUAUCGAGCUGAGUGAUAUUGCGAAGGAUGUCUUCGAGGCACUCGACAACACGCUUAUGCUCGCAGAAUCGGCGCGGUUGUGUGGAUUUUUUCAGUUCAAGGCAUGGUCGCACGGGUUUGUCAGUGGUGAUACUGCCCUGGCAUCAUUACGGAAAGCAGAUCAGGCUUCGGCAGAGCGCAGAGCUGAAGUAUCUAUCCUGGCCAGUUUCGAGGCUGUAUCACGGAAGCAGAAGUUCGUCAUGACAUCCGGCAUAGAGGACACACAUGCCAGGGCACUUGCCGUCUGUCAGCUAGAGGGCAGGAUGGCAGAUCUAUGGGACUGGAUCCAGUGCGCCAAAGCGAGGAGCGUAGGUGACCAGCUCACAAACCAAUUUCCCAUCCAAGCGACACUCAACGACGAUAUAAUGCGGGACCCCGAGAUGAAGGCGCUGUGUGAGGAGGAAGAAGCUGUGACCCAGCAGAUGACCGCCGCGGACCCUGUUGUGCGGCUUAAGCUGCGUAGCGAUCUGCAUCUGAUUCAUGUCAAGAUGGCCGGCUAUCCACUCCUUAGACAGGCCCUCGAUCUACGGAAGAGCACCCCAGUUUCUAUCUCUGAGAUACGUGACUUGGGACAAAAGAUGAAGUGUAAUGCUGGAGGGAUGGAGGUGGUAUUUGUUGACUGGGUCGAUCUUGGUGGCACUAUAUGGACCGUUGCUCUCAAGAGUGAUACUCCUCCACAGGUUGUGAGCUGCGGGAUCACCGUCAGCGAGGUAAAGGCUUGGAAGCAGCAAUGGCUCGACGUUCAGGAUGGAGGACGCCUGGCUGCCUUUUUCGUUGAUGAUGAAUACGACGAGGAUGAGCCAGAUUACUGUCUGAGGAGUAUCGAUAAACUAGUUGCUUCUCUGCACGACUUGACAUCAAAAGGGGAACUUCUCGUCUUCUGUCCAACGAAUGUUCUCCAUUCGAUUCCGCUCCAUGCGCUUUGGGUGGAGGAUAGCACACCCGUGAUCCAACGCAACCCAGUUAUAUACAGUGCGAGUUUGACGACCUUCUGGCAGUGCUACCGGCGCUCUGAGCUCACCGGGAGUAUCUCAACGAAUCUUGGGUUGAACAUGGCAGGUGUCUAUGAACCUAGGGGCGACCGCAAGUUUUCGUCAGAACAGCACGCGGAGCAGUCGAAUGUCUACACUACCCUGGAUCAAUUGGCAGAACGGUACGGUGGGAAAUCCAUUAGUGGCCAAGCUGUGACGGCAGAGUGCUUUAAGCAGAUGAUGGAAACCUCAAUUAUGUUCCACUUCCAUGGCCAUUGUCGUCUUGAUCAACCCACACUUGGAGACCAGAGUCUUGAGCUCGCCGACGAGCUCCUCCCGAUUCGAAGAGUGUUUGAGAUGAAGCUUCAGAGUCCGCACAUAACGCUUGUAGCGUGCGACUCUGCGCUGCAGGUGAUUUCUGCCGGCGACGAGCCUCUCGGCGUGGUCACGGCUCUGCUCUGUGCAGGGGCCAGUUCAGUGCUGGGCACAAUUUGGCCCACGUUAUCGAGUACUGGUCGGGAUUUCAGUGGCGAGUUCUACUCCGACGUAGUGGACCAGUACAGACAAUCACUGAAAAGAGGAUCAUCCCCAACCAUCGUCAAUCUGGCUGAGGCUCUGCGGCGGGCUGUGCUUGCUUUAAGAACAAGGCGCAAAACUCGACAGCCCUAUCAUUGGGCGGCGUUUGUGCUCCAUGGCUCCUCUUCCAUCACACUCCCACACGCAUUUAUCCCAGAGCGCCGGGUGAAUACGUGAUGACGCGUAGAGGCUUCCUGAACCCGUUGAUAAUACGUAAUCGUCCGACCCGGCUGAGAUGUUCCAAG